CGGUUACUUCCACUUUCCCGGUCUAUGGCCCGUCCGUGUAACGUCACACAGCUAAGUCUGCGCCCAGACUGUAAGCGCCUCCAAGGCAGGACCUGCCCCGCGCAGCCGCGUCAGCGGACACACACACACGAGGAUUAAUGGCACGGUUUUGACUAGACCGCGCUCCCUUUUCCGUCUGUGACGCGGUUGCCUAAUGAUCUGUUACUUUUCCUCUAGAUGCCGGUUUUGUGACCACUAGAGGUCUGCACCGCCGGCACAAGGGGACGCCCCUAGAAGGGACUGAAGAAGGGCACCAGUUACAGAAGCCCCACCAGCUCCGCCCCCGCUUCCGGUUCCGUCGUCACUUCCGUCCGCCGUCUCCUAGCAACCGGAGACCGCUACUUUUAACCCUGACCGUGGCAGGUUCCGGGGACCAACGUGAGCCAUCAGAGCGGACCUGCCAGUCUGCAGCCCGCCUGCCCGCCAGUCCGCAAUGCCGCGUCGAUAUCCCGGGCCGCCCCUGCCCUCCAUCCUUCCCUGACCGUCCCGAACCAGGAUUUCCCUAAGGCCUAGAAGAGAAGCGAAAAGCUCCCAGCUCAGGCCCACGCCCCUCUCGGCCUACGCCGCUGUCGUCACUUCCUCCGCUGGUUUCCUAGCAACCGCGGCUAGCUUGGGUUGUUUGACUCUGGAAGCGUCGAAAGCAGACUGAUCUUCCAGUUCAGCCUCCAGCGAUGGCAGAAGUUGAGGAAACUCUAAAGAGAAUUCAGAAUCAUAAAGGGGUUAUUGGUACAAUGGUUGUUAAUGCUGAAGGUAUUCCCAUCAGAACAACCUUAGAUAACUCUACAACAGUUCAGUAUGCAGGUCUUCUUCAUCAGCUGACUAUGAAAGCCAAGAGUACAGUACGAGAUAUUGAUCCUCAGAAUGACCUAACUUUUCUUAGAAUCAGAUCAAAGAAACAUGAAGUCAUGGUAGCCCCAGAUAAAGAAUAUCUACUGAUUGUCAUUCAGAAUCCAACUGAAUAAACCUGUGAUUACAAAUUUGACAAUGAACCCAAA